AUGUCAUCCUAUGAAUUGUGGUUAAAUUUCGACUGUUAUUUUAUUGAGCUUCUCUUUUUCAGCAGCUCCAACAUUUGGAAUGAUCUUAGUCAGCUCGAUAGGACUCUGAUUGCACUCAUGCGACCACCAUAUGGUAUCAAUAACUACGUGAAUAUCUGCAAUGGAUUCGCCAACUUCUACUCGUGCCUUGGACCGCAAAACAUUCGGUAUUGCCUUGGUCUUAUCGGACUGGUGGGAAUGGGCAAAUCACCACAGGAUGCCUACUCCUAUGAGGGAUUUCUCGCUGAUUGGCGGUUCAAGUGUGGCGCCGGAUUUUUCGGCUCUUUCUUUUCCAUCACAGACUUAACACUCACUACUCCUACAAUUCUAGCUGUCUACGAAAACAUUACGUUAACUUCGUGCACGCAAAACACGUAUGUGAACUACAACGAUGAGAUUGCAGCUACAAUUAAUCAGUACAAGAAGAAUGUCACUACCGACACGGACAAUGCCUGCAAAUUUUGCAAGGUAUGCUCAAAAUCUCAUGGAUUCCUAUGGGCUCUGUCUAUCGUAACGGUGCGUGCAGAGGUCCAACAGCGAGUGACGCUCAAUGGUAUGGUUGUCAGUCAGCCCGUGAAUAUACCAAUGCGCAGUUCAAGCACUGCCAGCAUUCAACCACUUGCCAACGUAAGACCUACAAAUUAUUGUCGAGCACUCCGUCACCUACAGUCCAAAGCUGUUCAACCCCUGAGCGUUUUCGAGGAGGAGUCACAUCAACAUAAUCAACAACAACAACGUCUUUACUCGUUCUCAUGA